AUGUCGGCCAUUACUAGCGGUCUCAAGAUUCCCUUCCCACAGGACCAGAAUCUGCACACCUUCCUCUUCAGCAACCCUCUUCAACACCAUCCUAACAACUUCGGCUCACAGUAUCCCAAUCACACCUUUGACGGCACCACCAUCCCAGAGCAGCGUCCCAUCCUAGUGCAUGAUGGUUCAGGUGCCCAGCUCAGUUGGGCUCGCUUGAGGGCCGACAGCUUGCGUCUUGCUCGCUCUCUUCAAACUCUCACCGGUGCUGCGAUUCCUUUCGUCUCUGACCCUAAGAGACCCCGUGAGCCCAUCCAUGCUCCUCGCACCACGGUUCUCUUGCACAUCCCCAAUGGCAUGGUCUGGCCGCUUGUAGCUCUCGGCACCGUUGCAGCCAACCUCACUGUCUGCCCCAUCUCUACCUACCUCAGUCCACGAGAGCUUGCUUACAUCUUGGCCAAAGCUCGUCCUCAAGUUCUGUUCACCUCUGUCGGCGCAGAAGGUGAGGUGCCGCUCCGUAAAGCACUCCAACUGCUACUCGACUCGCCUUCUAGCAACAACGGUCAGGUCAAAGGUGCCGAGUUUCAGGCUUGGGCACGUGAACUCGCUAGGGAUUGGGAUGAGUCCAAAGCCGCAAGAUUGGAAAAGAGCAAUCAGGUUCCCUACCGUUGUCGUCGUAUCUGGACUGUAGACGUCUCUUCGGGCAUGGACUACUAUGGCACCAGCUUCAACAGGAACGGCGUUGCAUCGGCACAUGACCCUCGUGACUGGACACAUCUCUUGCUUCCACCACCAGGCAGCAAGGCCGAAGGAAGCAUUGCUAGUCUUGACAGACCAGCGUUUAAUCCUGCGCCUAUGACACCAGAGGAGCAGCAGAGACGUGUUGCUUUUGUGCUCUGGUCGAGUGGUACAACGGGUCAGAGCAAAGGUGUGCUCAUCAGUCACAAGGCACUCAUCAGCAACACGAUGGGCGUGUGGGAUACUAACCCGCACUUCAGCGGUACUUCGAGAGGAGCAAACGGUGGAGGAGAGCGCUGGAUCACCCUUGCUCCUUGGUAUCAUGUUUACGGUCUGGCAACCGUGUUGCUACCCACAGUGGCUUUCGGAACGACUCUCAUCAUCCCUUCAACGCCCAAGUUUGAUCUGGGCUACUACCUCAGCCUAGUCACUCGCUACCGUGCUACCUUCAGUCACAUCGCCCCUGCCGUUGCUGUUGCACUUCGAUCUUGCCCACACCUUGAUCCCGCUUCGCCACUGAGCAAUGGCAUUGAUCUCUCGAGCAUCGCAGCUUUCCUCACAGGUGGUGCACCCGUCCCUGUCGAAGUCGUGCGCAAGGUGUUCGAGCGAACGGGCAAGUACAUUCAGCUUGGCUACGGCACUACCGAAACAUGUUCCACUUCUCAGACCAGCGGGUUGGCCAUGGAUGCCGACACACAAGGAGCACGCGACGAAUUGGGUAGUGUAGGUCGGCCUGCACCUAACACCGAGAUUCAAAUUCGACCUUUGCCGGGAACCAGCAAGCAGCAAGUCGAUCAACGUGUGGAGGAGAUCCGUGCCGUGUCCAGGCAAGCGAGAGCGAGAGGAGAGCGAGUACCAUCGGAUCCAGGGAUAGUGGGUGAAGUGUUGAUUCGCGCACCUGCCGUCAUGUCGGGCUACUUCUCCGGGCUGUCCUCCGAAACGCAUUCGGCUUUGAAUGAAGAGUUGACUGGAGGUGCAUUCACGGAAGAUGGGUGGUACAGGUCGGGCGAUGAAGGCUGUCUCGAUUCCAAAGGACGAUUGUGGAUUACAGGUCGUACAAAGGAAUUGAUCAAGGUCAAAGGCUUCCAAGUCCCCCCAGCUGAGUUGGAUGACCUCUUUGCCACCCAUCCAGAGCUGGUGGACGCUGCAGCAACAGGGUUCGUGGAAGACAAGUCGACGGGUGAAGAACAAGUGUUACUCUUGGUGGUGCCCAAGGACAAGACGAUUUUGACACAGGAGCAAAAGAUGCACGAGUUGGCUUCACGUCUGCACACAUGGGUGGGAGAUAAGACAGCAUACUACAAGUGGCCGAGUACGUAUCUGUUCUCGGAGUCAGCACCUAGGAACCCAACGGGAAAGCUACUUAGGAAGGAUAUUGCUGCGUCAAAAGGUCACAAGAUCAAGAUUGUCAAGCAGUCGCGUAAGGCUACCUCGCCAAGUCCAUCCGCCAAGCUGUGA